AUUGAUCAAAAAGAGAAAGAGAAAGAACGUUGAGCUAUUGCAAGUAAUGAUUAGUAUUUCCAUUAAUCUAAUUAGUUGAAUUGUUACAAUCGACUCUUUAACGACUGCAAAAAGAGACGGAGAGUAUUUUUUAAAUAGUAUACUUCAUACUGCAAAUUGUUUGAGAAUAUAAUAGAUAAAAUAUUGUACUCAAAAGGAUUUGCUUGUGACAGAUUUGUACAAAACCUCCACAAUACUACAGUAUGUGUUGUAGUAAAGUAAUGCCUAUAUUCUUCUAUAUUGGCUGAAAGGUCAUGAAUUGGGUCUAAGGUCUAGCUUUAGCUAAAUAUAUGAACCAUAAAAAGGAUAUGGCUCUAUAUGUUUACACCAUGUGUCUAGUUGAAUAAAUAGGACACGGUGUGUGGUUACCUGGUAAAUUUUAUUCAUCAUUUAUUCGCAUGGCACUUUUGAAUGAUAUUCUCAUUUAGAGUAACUGCAAGGAGGACUCUAUUAACUCUUAUAUGGACAACUACCAAUCCCCUUAUCAGUGGAAUGUUCACGCAUCAUUAUUCAAUCUUAUUCUUUAAAUACUUCGAUAAGAUUGUUAUUGAUUUUAAGAAGUAACUGGCGUUUUCUUUCUAUCAGUUAUAGAAAAUAAUCAAAAGCUUUCCUUAGUAUUAAAGAAUGAUGUUGAAGCUGCAGGAUAUUGCUAUAAACUAUAUUAUUCAGAAUUUUCAAUGUUUCUUCGCCAAUAAAACCAUUUGGGAAAGAUGGUUACGAAUGGAUAUACCUCCGUUAUUUACUCAAAUGAUAUUAGAACGAUUGGACGAUUGGUUAAUUGGUAUUCCUGAAGAAUAUUUAAAAUUCUGUACAAGAGCUCCGUACUUUUUACCUAAAAUGAAAUUAAAUUGUAAAAGGAUAAAGGAAAUAUCGUCGUUAGAAUUCUUACAAGGUCAACAUUUUAAAAAGGUUAUUAUCAGUAACUUAAAGCAAUAUGGAAUAGAAGAUUGGAUGAAUUUUUUAGAAUCAUCCGAAUUAAUUGAAUUAUCGAUAAGAGGAUGUAAACUUAAUAAAAAGGAACAGGCAAAUGGAUUCAAAAAUAUUGAAUAUAUGCAUUGUUUUAAACGUUUUAAGAAUCUAUCAAAACUAAAUCUAUCUUUUACAAAUAUUACAAAUGCAGAAUUGAAAUUUAUAACAAUUGAAUUGCAUCAAAUUGAACAUUUAAAUAUCUCUCAUACGCAUUUGACGAAACUAUGCUCUCUUGUUAACUUUUCUAAAUUACUCUCUCUUGAUUGUUCAUUUCCCCACUGCAAAUCUAUAUAUGAUUCAUAUCUUGUACUAUUAGACCUGAAACAUUUAAGAUAUUUGGAUAUAUCUAGAAAGACUUCAAUGACUUGCGAAAGAAAUCCUCUAGACUGCGAGGAAAUAUUCCUUAAGAAAGUUGUUUGUCUCGGAAUACCUGAACAUAAAUUUUUCUACUAUAAAUCUUGGUCUAUAUCCGAAUUUAUAGAUUUUGCCUAUUGGAAGGAUAUGACCCACUUAAAUGUAUCAGGAGAUUGGGAAUUAUCUAGUGAAAGUGCUGGUAAUUUCAUAAAGAAACACAAGAAACUGGAAUUUAUAGGCUUAUAUCGUAAAGGUAGUAGUUACAGAACUCAAAGACCAAAGAAUAUAUCCAGCAACGAGUUUGACCGUUUAACUAGAUACAGCGAUGAUAUCGUUUCUAGAACGUUUAAAGCUAUACCUCUCGUUAAAGAUAACAUUCCUAUAGUAGAAAUACUUGUAAGAAAUUUGGUAUGUCAUGUGGAAAUGAGCAUAGAUGAAGAAAGAUUACGAUCAAGACUUGAACCGGAAGUGUUGAAAAUAUCGGAGGUCAUUUUUUAUCAACUGGGACUGUUGAAGCAGACGUUAUGUACGCAUUAUGAACGCUAUAGGGAGAAUAUCUUUGUUCUUGAUCAAUUAAUAGUCAUAUUACAAUAUAUUGAUAUAAGAAAAUCACCGUAUUUUAUGGAUAUAUUAAAAACUUGCUACCAAAUUCUAGAACUCAAUAAAAACUGUUCUAUUUUAAUGCAUUCCUUAUCGGGCCUUUUACGAAUUCUUCAUACUUAUUUCAAGUAUAUUCCAAUGGUCAUUAACAAAAGUCAACUCGUCGAAACGCUAUUAAAAUUUGAGUUUGAACGCUAUUGGAUGGAGCACGAGAUUGUGUUAAUAACCCUUCUAAGCAAUUUUCGAUAUGAAGAGUUUACAAAGGAUGAAAUUUUAUCAUUGCUCAAAAGUUUCUUAGAACUGGAUAGUCGUUCACAACAAAGGACAACCUGCAAAGCUUUCAUCUCAAGAAUAUCCUACCAAAGUUUUUUCUCUUUUAUGUGGGAUGUUAUUGAGAAUAGGUUAAAUUUACAAUUUUCUAAUAAUGGUAUCUACUAUAAUGAUGAAGAACUGUUACAUAUUCCAAAUAUGGAAAGUUUAGUUAAAAGAAAGCAGUUUUACCUGGAGGCCUAGUUUGGCUUAUUAUUUGUUUAUUAGGCGGACAGAAACAAGUAAAAAACUGUUUAUUUAUUUAUUUGCUUGUUUAUUGUAUCUUGUUAAUAAUACUCUCUAUUUUUCAAAUAUGAUAUUAAAAACUUGCGAAAAGUUCUUUAAAAAAAAAUUCAGGUCCCACCGAGAUUUGAACUCGGAUCGUUGGAUUCAAAGUCCAAAGUGCUAACCGUUACACCAUGGGACCGUUCACGACAUUUGACGACAUAUAUCGCUAGUUGGAACGAGCUAAAUAUUUUUUUUUUGCACACACUAAUAGUGACGUUAACAUAUUUAUUCAUUCUAUAUCGGUCGUCUUCAAGAAAGUGCUGAAACGUUAAAUACUUGUGGUUUUAACUAUUUCGUUUGAUAUAGUUAUCCUUGAACUCUAAGUAGGUCAAAAGAAAAAAAAAGUAAAAUUUUUUAUUUAUCAUAGUUUCAAAAUCCAAAAAAUAAGAAUGGAAAUAAUGUAACAAAAUACUAGUCACAUGAUCAGCCGACCAAUGAGUCAUUGAACAAGGCGUUCUAAACAAUUAAACUUGCGAAUAGAUCAAAUUUAAGUGUAACAAAGUAAAAGUAUAGUAAAAUCAAUUUAAUACACAGAUAAAGGUCUCCAUGACCUAGAAGAAUACUGAUUUAAUAAUUGAAUAAUAAACACGAAUUAAUUUUUCUUUAUUAAAAAUAUAUAACCAGAGGUAAAUGCUUUUAGUAGAAAAUAUAGAAAAGUAGGAGAGAUGAAAGAUAAAGAUAUCUAGAUCGUUUUAAAAUUAUAAUACUCUUACGGUACUUAAUUAAGAUACUCACUUUAUAAUAUUUACAAACUAUCCGUAUAAUUAAUUAUGCAUAAAUGAAAGAAAACGCUCACUACUAUUGAACAUUAAAUAUUCAUACUUGUGACAAAACAACAAUAUAGAAUUGUAUACAAAUUUUAUAAAAACUGCAUUAUUAAGGAAAUAUUUCAAUCUUCUGUUGAGAAAAAAAGACAAUAUAUACAGAAAGAAUAUAAUAAUAUUUCUGUACAGAAUAAUCAAAUUUUACAUAAUUUCACAUUUUUGUUUGAGAUUGAUCAAUUGAUUUCUUCUUGUUAAUGUCCCAGGGGCUUUCUUGUGACCAAGAACAUCUGUCCUAUCGCCAUUAGUGAACUUUCCACAGUAGAAUCUAAACAGAACGUUAUAUGCUAACGUUCUGUUCACAUUACAUGUUAUGAGUGAAUGAGUGUCAGUGUGUGAGCGUCAGUAUGUGAGCGUCACUUAAGAAGGGAGUUUGACUUAGCCCAGAGCUGGGACAGUCCAACUUGAUGUUAUGUCACGUCGUUGAUAACGACUUAUAAAAGGGAGUGAAUGUAAUAGAACGGUGUGAGAGACCAAAAGAACAUCAAAUACAAUUUAUACGAAAUCCUUAGGGAUUUCGUGCUAUAAGCGAAAAACAAAAUCUUAUAAAGAAUCAAUAGAAUCAUCAUUGCAAUUCUCAAGUAAAGAUAGAUAAUUUGUCUUCAUUUUAAUUUCUCUUAAAAACAUCUUGCUUAGGCCAAAGUUGAAAAAAACUUUAAUUUUCAUUAAAAAAAUGAUGUUCAAAUUUAGGCUAUCGGUACUGUGCAAUUGGGUGAGGGUUAUAAUAAAUUAAUUAGUGAUGGAAGCUUUAGAUUACACUCUCAAAUCAUGAAUGCAUUAAGAGAUCAAAAUAUACUUCGAAUAGUUCAACUAACCUCAUGGUUAAUAGUUUCUAACAACCAUUCUUACGGAGUUAAACUAAAAUUUAAGGAAAGUUCAUCUAUGUCGGAGUUAACAAUCACGUAACCCCUCAAAGGCGAACGACAAAAAGGACACUGAGGCUUAGCCAGACUUACCAAGCAUGGUUUGCAUCCAACCAUGUGAGCACAAGGCAAUCCUAAACAGUUGGAAAGAGCAUUACAGCAAAUGUUGCAGCUCAAAAUUUUCAUCGUGUCCUCGAAAAUGUCUUUUUGUGAACGCUUGUUGGUAGCAUGCUCAUGCUUGUUUCUUGUUUCUAAGAAAUAAACAUAUCCUCAAUUGAUUUCCCAUAUGGUAUUUUAAAGAAUAUUACGCAUAUCUUUAGUUUCAUGCCAUAUUCUCUAAACCACGUAUUCUAUUGCGUUGCUUCUUUUUUCAUGGAGUAAAUUUAAACUUUAGCUCCAUCUGGUUGAUAAAAUUUUUAAACUUUCUCCAUGUGUGACUAAUGAAAAAAAUAUAUUAUUCAUUUUGCAAUUUGUUCAAAGGAAACGGUAUAGACUAGCUGAUGUGACAGCUAUAGUCAUUGCUCUUCAGAUGGUAGUUGUUGAAAGAUGAAAAGAUAAGACCACUCAAAAGAAACAAAUACAUUUUGUUGAGUGUUAAAGAAGAAUAUGAUAGACAAUAUAAAAUUAACGUACUUGAUUUAUUUAAUAUGUUGCCUUAUUGUUGGAAUCUUAUCAAAUGUAAUUAUACUAUUGUGUUACCCUUUUAAAGCGAAAAAUUCAACUUUAGCAAACAUUUUUGUGAAAAUUUUAGCUUAUGCAGACCUGUCAAUAUGUUCCUUAUGUAUACCUGGAUUUGUUAUUGAAUUAUUCCUUAUUAAUAAAAUAAUAUGCGAAAUUUUGGUUCUAUGUUCAACAACAAUCAUAGCUUUUGGAUUAUUUACUAGCAUGGCUGUAGUUCUCGAAAGAUGGUUUGCUGCAUUUAAACCUUACUCUUUGAAAAGGAAACAUAUUUAUAUUAUAAAUGGUUUGAAUAUUAUUAUUACUGUAUUGUCAACAUUCUUUAAUGUAAGUAUUGGAUCAGAGAAUCUAUCCAACAACGAAACUGUUAUUGUUAAUUGUUUUAAAAGUAAAUUGCAGGGUUCAAAAUUAUUGAAUAGCAUUAGUUUAGGCGUUUUUUCAAUAAUUAUUGUAGUUGAAUUUUUUAUAUAUAUUCAUAUCUUUAUAUAUCUAUUAAAGAAAUUAAGAUUAUA